AUGCCGACUCUUCCUCCACAUCUUUCUGAUAUUGAGGGCAUACAGGCUACACUGUCUGUACCCGGGCCCAAGGAUCCUCCGAAUACUCCUGUGCCUCGACUUAUACCUUCGGCCGGUGCACCUGAUGCUGAUCGACUAGAGCAGCUGCUGGUGGAGGUUCUUGAUGAGCCCGGCGAAGCUGUCUGCUCUGUCGUUUCUAGAUCGGGCAAUGCUUCUAGUGAAAGUAUGGCUUUGGGUAUCAACGCCUGGAUUGCAAUCAGAUAUGGCUAA